CACCCUGCAGGGGCUGAUGUGUGGGGAAGGAUCCCUGCUUGCCUGGAGGGAGGAGCAGGCUGGAUCUCUGCCUUGAGCUUGCGUGCAGCCUGCUUUCUGGUUGGCUGCUCCCGGAGGAGGAGGAAGAGGAGGAGGAGAAUCGCUCACUGGCAGCUGCCCAGCUUGCAAAACCAAGCUGCAGCCAGGUUAAGGGAGAAGGGAGAAGGCGGAUUGGAGGUCCUGCGAUCAGGACUGCUCACGCACCUGGCAGCAGGGAGACGAGGAAGGCAAAUUCAAGAUGGCCGAGUACCACAUUCGCAGGUAUGAAGAUCGGGACUACGAAGCCGCCCGCACGAUAUUCUCCCGGGGGAUCAACGAACAUGCUCCUGCAGGUUUCCGGCAUGUUCUCUCUUGCCCCCAGACCCACCUGUUGCUCCUGGGCACACUCCUCACAACCUACCUGGCCACCUCUUCCCUUCUCCUUUCCCUCAGUGCCGUGGCUGCCCUGUUGGCCGUGGGCUGGAUAUUCACAAAGCGCCUCUGGGCGGACUACGUUCACGAGGCCCUCGCCACAGACAUGAAGGACAUCCACCAGACCUACCUGGUGCCCAAAGACUGCAGCUUCUGGGUGGCGGAGGCCGGCGGCGAAGUAGCGGGCAUCGUCGCCGCCACCCACCCAGAAGACCCGUCUCUGCGCGGCAGGGCACUGGAGCUGAAGCGCAUGUCUGUGGCAAAGGCGCACCGGGGCCACGGGCUUGGCAAGGCUCUCACCAGGACGGUUCUCCUCUUCGCCCAGGAGCACGGGUACAAGGAGGUGGUUCUGGGCACCUCCAUGGCACAGGUGGCGGCCCAUCGGACGUACGAGGGCAUGGGCUUCCGCAAAGUCAAAGAGAUAUGCCCCACCGUCCUCUGUAAGCUGCUGAGGUUCUACAUCUACAUCUAUCACUACGAGAUCGGAGGAUCUCAUUGACACCGGCAACCUGGGGACCAGAGGAAGGAAGCAAGAGAUUGUGGCCUGUUUGCAGACAGGUGUCAGCUAGGGAGGAGGGAGAAAGAAAGUUGAUCCGAUGAGCCUUAAAAGUGAGCCCACCUAACAUGCACUGAUUUGCCAAACAUGCACAUACUAGAGACUGUUAGCGAAAAUAACCAGGGAUUUUUCUCAGCUGGAACUCACCAGAACUCAGCUUUAGCACCUCUCAGCUGGAUGCCAUUUCCAUUACAAGAGAACAAGAGUUCCUGGUGAGUUCCAGCACCUCUUUUUCAAGAAUAGCACUGAAGAAAACCGUGCAGAAAUGCCUUCGAUUUUGCUUUGCCAAAAAUGUGUGCAUUAGGGUGAGAUUCGCAACAGAAUGUGAAUUUUCAAGAGGACUUUCACAAUAAAUGAAUGAAUGUGCAAACUGGA